AUUUCAUACCAAAAAGACUCGACAAGCCAUAAAAAGUAAAACAACAGCUGAUGGGUGAUGAAAAGUGAUUUUCCGUUUGUAAUAUCUUGUUAUUAUAUAAGUUAACGCAGAAGAAUAUAAUGGCUGAGAUUCAAACACUUAUGGAAAUGGGCUUUCCGAAGGAACGAGCCGAGAAGGCGUUAGCGGUCACGAAUUACAAAGGUGUGGAGCCUGCUAUGGAAUGGCUGUUGGCGCACGCUGAUGAGCCUGAUUUGGGAUCUGGACAAACGAUUGGCGGGAACUCUAGCACCGAUGUCGAAGCAACUCCUUCGGCUUCGUCGGCACCGGCAUCUGAGCCGGCGUCUGACGAUUCGUCUGUGGCCAAAUCAUUUAAAUGUGAUGAGUGCGGAAAACUAUUUAAAAACCAAGAUGAAAUGGAAUUCCAUGCGGCGAAAACCAAUCACAGUAGUUUCUCUGAAUCUACCGAGGAAAAGAAGCCAUUGACUGAGGAGGAAAAAAAAGCUCAAUUGGCUUUACUGGAGGAGAGGAUGAAGCAGAAGAGGAAGGAAAGGGAAGAAAAAGAAAAGGCUGAAGCAUUAGAGAGGGAGCGGCUCCGUAUCAAAUCAGGUAAAGACCUGCAGGACGCGAGACUCAGACUUCAGGAGCAGGAGAUGCAGAAGUUGGUUGAGCAAAGGCGCAGAGAGAAGAUUGAAGAUCAAAAAGCAAGAGAGAGGGUCAGGGCACAGAUUGAAGCCGACAAACAAGCUAGGAAGCUUGCGGCAUCAGGACAGAAGGAGGCACCUGCGCCAGCACCUGUCCCUCCCCAGCCCGCGCCAGCAGCACCCAAGGUGUCAUACGAGCAGGCGCGCAUACAGCUUCGGCUGCCCGAUGGACAAUCACUGUCUCACACUUUUAGUGCUAAGGAACAGCUUGCUGCCGUCAGGUUAUACUUACAAAUGAAUUCACAAGAGUUUGCUCAACAAGAGAACUUCAAGCUGAUGACCACCUUCCCAAAGAAGAUAUUUACUGUUGAUGAUUAUGACAAGCCUUUAGAUUUAUUGGGUCUGGUACCAUCCGCUGUGAUCAUAGUCUCCAGAGGUCAAGGUCAAUAAAUGUAAAACUACUGAACUGAAUAAGAAGUGAAGUGUUAUUAAAAUAUCAGUGUUUUAAUUUACCUUAUAUGUAAUCUAUGAUAAUGAUAUUCUCCGAAUAAAUGUAUGGGUUUUGCAAGUUUCGCAGCAUUAUGGUGAAUAAAGUUUGUGUAAUUGUUUUAUUUGUCU